CUUUAGUCAAUCCCCUUACAUUUCCCCCAGCCACUCCACACUUCACAAGAAAAACCAUGGCGGCCAAUGACUCAAACUACAGCGAAGGUGAGUUUUUGAAACAUUUCUAUGCCAUCAUGUACACAAUCAUCUUGGUUCCUGGGCUGAUUUGGAAUGUUUUGGCUCUCUGGGUCUUUUAUGGAUAUAGGAAAGAAACUAAACGAGCCGUGAUUUUUAUGAUCAACCUUGCACUUGCAGACUUGGCACAAGUUUUAUCUUUGCCACUAAGGAUUUUCUAUUACUUGUCUAAAAGUUGGCACCUGGGGAAGGGACUCUGCAUGUUUUGCUUCUACCUCAAGUAUGUCAACAUGUAUGCAAGCAUCUACUUUUUGGUUUGCAUCAGUGUGCGGAGGUUUCAGUUCCUCAUGCACCCUCUGAAGUUCAGUGACUGUAAGCGCAUCUACGACAUGUACAUCUGCAUUGCUGGAUGGAUUGUUGUCUGCAUUGGCUGCUUACCUUUUCCCCUUCUACGCCUCACCUCCAACGAGACUUGGGCCAGCAACAAAUGCUUUGUGGAUCUUCCCUUCAAGACUGCAGAUGAGCCUAUCUCAAUAGCAAUGAUGUCCCUAGGUUUGCUGGUUGGCUUUGUUACCCCUCUGCUGAUCAUCCUGUAUUGUUCAUGGAAGACAAUCUUAUCUCUCCGAGAAAAGAAUCCUGUUUCCCAAGACCUUGGGGAGAAACAGAAAGCCUUAAAGAUGAUCCUGACUUGUGCCAUUGUCUUUUUGAUUUGCUUUGGUCCUUAUCACAUCAGCUUCCCUUUGAAUUAUUUGGUCAGGUCCCAAAAUAUAGAAGAUUCUUAUGCCAGAAAGGUUAUUUUGCUCUUCCAUGCAAUUGCCUUGGCCCUUGCCAGUUUAAACUCAUGUGUCGACCCUGUAAUUUAUUACUUUACUACAGAUGAGUUCCGAAGGCGGCUUUCAAGGCAGGAUUUACAAGACAGUAUCAAGCUGCAUAACAUGCGCUAUGGAAAUACAAAUGGUCCAUCCCAAAUAAGUCUAAUUGAGUGAUUGGUAUUAUGCUUUUUUGUAACACCAUCAUCUGAUGCCAUGGUAACUUGGGAACAGCACAGAUUUACAGCAUAUUUUAAACAUUUGACUUUGGAUGUUGACUUUUCCUUGCACAUCUAUCAAUACUAACUUUAAAUACUUUUCAACAUUUAUCAACAUCUGCAACUAACUGUAACCUGAAAUAUUAUAGCUGGAUAAAUAAGCCAUAGCAGAUUAUCCAAAACGGACAAAGAGCCAGUCAUAAAGUCCCUUGAAUCUACUUCUUCACACCUUUAUCCAAGAACAUGUAGAGAUGGAACUGUUGUAGAUUCAGUUACAAUUGGUGCUUCUUGAAAAGUAAUUCCUACAACCAUUGCAGUGGUAACUUGUGUUUCCAUGGUUGUUUCAAUCAAAAUCACCAAAAACCAGUAAUUGUGGUUACUCUGGAGAUCCCAGUUUCAGGAAGGUAUUCUCUACAUAAAUACAUCCUUAGAUGUAUUACUGAAUGUCACUUGGAGACCAAAUAUCCCGUCCAAAGUGCCCUAUUCCUAAAAGGAGAGGUAUUCUAUGGUAUAACUAAAAACAUAGUGCUAAAAUUAAUCAGGGAAAGGAAUGAUAGAGGCAGUGAUGAAGCCAUUAUGAUAAUCCUGUAUCAGAUAUUAAAGCCUUUUUAUUGUAUUUGUAGCAUCAUAACUAUAUCAGGAAAGCCCAACUUUUUUUUCAGAAUGAGGACCCUGAGUGGUAGUUUUCUGGCAUCCUAGUCUAGCCUACAGCCCUAGGAUUUCCUUGGUUGUGUCCCAUCUAAGUACUAUCCUGCCCCAACCAUGCAUAACUUUUGAACCCACCCAAGAUCAGCCAGGUGGCCCCCGAGUAAUUAUAGUCUUAAAUACAGUUAACAUGUAUGUAUCUAAUACCAACACUCACUGUCUAAUCAAUAAUUUUAACCUUUGUUUAGAUUAUAAAUUGCAAAUCAAUAGGAAUUCUAGAAAUCACAUUUAAAUUGUUGGGGGUGGGAGAAACAGCACUGGGAUCUCCAUUUUUGACCAUUACUCAUGUCAAGUAAUUUAGAGCUGGCCUUGGGGAAGCUAUUUUGGAGGGAUGGAAG